CGAUCGAUGCUUUCUUCCGCGCCCCGAGAGCCGCCAUUUUUGAGAGCGGGGGAGGAGAGACAAGCAGGGGCGGCAGAGGCUCAACGGGAUGCUGACUGGGUUUUGCUUUUCGUCCCAGCCUUGUGGGGCCGGGACGGAAGAACCCAUCAAAGCCCUUCCUCCCGCCGCCUCUCCGGAAUGAGGUCUCAGCGCCCGCGCGGGACAGCACCCUUCCUCCUGCGACAGAGCCCAAGAAGAGGCCGAAACCGAGACCAUGCCUGGGAAGCUGAAGGUGAAAAUCGUGGCCGGGCGCCAUUUGCCAGUGAUGGACCGUGCUAGUGACCUGACUGAUGCCUUCGUGGAGGUAAAAUUUGGUAAUACCACCUUUAAAACAGAUGUGUACCUUAAGUCACUCAACCCUCAGUGGAACUCGGAGUGGUUUAAAUUUGAGGUGGAUGAUGAAGACUUACAAGAUGAACCUUUACAGAUCACAGUUCUUGACCAUGAUACUUACAGUGCAAAUGAUGCCAUUGGUAAAGUGUACAUUGAUAUUGAUCCUUUACUGUAUAGUGAAGCUGCAACAGUCAUCUCAGGAUGGUUUCCAAUUUAUGACACCAUACAUGGUAUCCGUGGGGAAAUCAAUGUAGUUGUCAAAGUAGACCUCUUCAAUGAUUUAAAUCGAUUUAGGCAGUCAUCAUGUGGAGUCAAAUUCUUUUGCACAACGUCUAUUCCAAAGUGCUAUAGAGCUGUGAUAAUUCAUGGAUUUGUAGAAGAACUUGUGGUCAAUGAAGACCCAGAAUAUCAGUGGAUUGAUCGAAUUCGCACACCAAGGGCAUCAAAUGAGGCCAGACAGAGACUCAUUUCGUUAAUGUCAGGUGAGCUGCAGAGGAAGAUUGGCUUGAAAGUACUUGAAAUGAGAGGAAAUGCAGUUGUGGGGUACUUACAGUGUUUCGAUCUGGAGGGCGAGUCUGGGUUAGUGGUGCGAGCCAUAGGAACGGCGUGUACUCUGGAUAAAUUAAGUAGCCCAGCAGCAUUCCUUCCUGCAUGUAAUUCCCCAUCCAAAGAAAUGAAGGAGAUUCCCUUCAAUGAAGAUCCCAAUCCCAAUACUCACUCAUCAGGACCCUCAACCCCUCUGAAAAACCAAACCUAUUCCUUUUCACCUUCCAAGUCCUACAGUCGACAGUCCUCUUCUUCUGACACAGAUUUGAGUUUGACACCCAAAACUGCACCUUACCCACAGGGACCUAGGAUUUACCUGUGUCCCAGCUCCCCCUCUCUCUCUUGUGGUUCCCUUCAUCUUAAAAAGUCCUGUCUCCUCCUCUCGGAAUCUAGCCUUACCCCUCAUCAUUCUAGCCUUGUCAGCCCAGUUCUGAGGAAAAGUGUUUCUUUCAGUGGAGAGCUGUUCCUGGCUGCUUCUGGAAUGGGAAGUGGUAGUGCUGGAAAAGAAGGGGGGCCCUUUAAAGCUCUUUUAAGACAACAGACUCAAUCAGCGUUGGAACAGAGGGAAUUUCCAUUUUUUACCUUGACGGCAUUUCCUCCUGGAUUCCUUGUACACGUUGGGGGUGUAGUUAGUGCACGUUCUGUGAAGCUUUUGGAUCGUAUCCACAAUCCUGAUGAACCAGAAACUCGAGAUGCAUGGUGGGCAGAAAUCAGACAAGAAAUAAAAUCACAUGCUAAAGCAUUAGGCUGUCAUGCUGUAGUGGGCUACAGUGAAUCAACUAGCAUCUGUGAAGAGGUCUGCAUUUUAUCUGCAUCUGGCACAGCGGCUGUACUGAAUCCUAGAUUUCUGCAGGAUGGCACCGUGGAAGGCUGUUUGGAACAGAGGCUUGAAGAAAAUUUGCCUACACGUUGUGGAUUUUGUCAUAUACCAUAUGAUGAACUGAAUAUGCCAUUUCCAGCUCAUCUCACAUAUUGCUAUAACUGCAGGAAACAAAAAGUUCCUGAUGUUCUGUUUACAACUAUAGACCUCCCAACAGAUGCAACAGUUAUUGGAAAAGGUUGUCUUAUUCAAGCAAGGUUAUGUCGCUUAAAAAAGAAAGCACAGGCAGAAGCAAAUGCUACAGCUAUCAGUAAUCUCUUGCCAUUUAUGGAAUAUGAAGUGCAUACUCAGCUAAUGAAUAAACUAAAACUCAAAGGAAUGAAUGCUUUGUUUGGACUAAGAAUUCAGAUCACAGUGGGUGAAAAUAUGUUGAUGGGCUUAGCGUCUGCCACAGGUGUGUAUUUAGCAGCUUUACCAACUCCUGGUGGUAUUCAGAUUGCUGGGAAGACUCCUAAUGAUGGCUCAUAUGAACAACACAUCUCUCAUAUGCAGAAGAAGAUAAAUGACACAAUUGCUAAAAACAAAGAGUUAUAUGAAAUCAAUCCUCCAGAGAUAUCUGAAGAGAUUAUAGGAUCACCCAUCCCAGAACCUAGGCAACGCUCAAGACUUCUAAGAUCUCAAUCAGAAAGCUCAGAUGAAGUUACAGAAUUAGACCUUUCACAUGGGAAAAAAGAUGCUUUUGUUUUGGAGAUUGAUGACACAGAUGCCAUGGAAGAUGUCCAUUCUCUACUUACUGAUGUUCCUCCUCCUUCAGGCUUUUAUAGUUGUAAUACAGAAAUUAUGCCCGGUAUAAAUAAUUGGACAUCUGAAAUACAGAUGUUCACUUCAGUAAGAGUAAUCAGAUUAAGCAGCCUCAACCUGACUAAUCAAGCUCUCAAUAAGAACUUUAAUGAUCUCUGUGAAAAUUUGCUCAAGAGCCUGUACUUUAAACUACGAUCUAUGAUCCCCUGCUGCCUUUGCCAUGUAAAUUUUACAGUAUCUCUGCCUGAAGAUGAAUUAAUUCAGGUUACAGUCACGGCAGUCGCAAUAACUUUUGACAAAAAUCAGGCUUUACAAACCACAAAAACCCCUGUUGAAAAGUCAUUGCAAAGAGCCUCAACAGAUAAUGAAGAACUUUUACAAUUUCCACUGGAACUGUGUUCAGAUUCACUUCCUUCUCAUCCUUUUCCACCAGCUAAAGAACACCUGGAGAGUGCAAGUUCUAACUCAGGUAUACCAGCUGCACAGAGAGCAACGUCAGUUGAUUACAGUUCCUUUGCAGACAGAUGCAGCAGCUGGAUAGAGCUCAUUAAACUGAAAGCUCAGACCAUAAGGCGUGGAUCAAUUAAGACAACCGUGACAGUUGAAAAAGCAAGUCCAGUGGGUGAUGGAAAUUUCCGGAAUCGUUCUGCUCCACCUUGUGCAAAUUCCACAGUUGGGGUUGUUAAGAUGACACCUCUUUCUUUUAUUCCUGGAGCAAAAAUAACUAAGUAUCUUGGGAUAAUUAACAUGUUUUUUAUUCGAGAGACUACUUCUCUUCGGGAGGAAGGAGGAGUCAGUGGUUUUCUCCAUGCUUUUAUUGCUGAAGUGUUUGCAAUGGUGAGAGCUCAUGUUGCUGCAUUAGGAGGGAAUGCUGUUGUCUCCUACAUAAUGAAGCAGUGUGUCUUCAUGGAGAAUCCAAAUAAAAACCAGGCACAGUGUCUUAUAAAUGUAAGUGGUGACGCAGUGGUUUUUGUUCGUGAAUCUGACUUAGAAGUGGUGUCAUCUCAGCAACCUACUACCAACUGCCAGUCAUCAUGUACUGAAGGUGAAGUUACAACCUGAGGAAAAUUAGGAAAAAAGAGCUCAAGUAAAUGAAAUUCAUCAAUCUCUGUUAUUUUGUCAUUAAUUAUCUUCUUAGACUUAAAAUUGAACUUGAGAUAAAUAAGGAAGAAUUGAGUAGAUUUGAUUUGCUUGGAGUCUUUUGGAGGCAUGAGAAUUUUCUAAUCUUGACAUUUUGUUUGCCUGUUCUAGACAGGCCCUGUGGGGUCUUGACCCUUCAGUAAGUUAAGAUAAAUUUUUAAAAGAACUGUAGCAAAGAUGGAACCUUUGUAAUUUAUGUUGAUUUUAAUAAAAUCAUAAUUUAAAAAAUGAAAUGGGAAGAUUGUCAGGAAAUUAGGAUAGCUACUCUAGUGUAAUUUAGAAAAACUAAGCAAGAGAUUCUCCAAUUGUUAGUGAGUAAGCACUCUGAUUUGAGAAAUGUGUGGGGACAAUGGAGAAAAGUUUUCAGAAAACUGCUAUGUAGAUUUCUGAAUGUGUUCUAUUUUGCUGAGGAAAUUCGGUAACAACUGAAAGGGAAAAGUGCUUCAGCCAUCUUUUGAAAACAAGUUAAAAUUCUGGAACUUGUAUCUGUAAUACAUCCUAACUCUUGUAAAAGAAAAUAAUUUAUCAUAGCUGGUGUCCUUUCAUUGAAAGUUGUAAUACUGUCUCUAAGGAGGGAGGAAAAGAUUAUUAUAUAAUUUUAUAACUGGCAACAUUUGAGUUAGUAUUGACUUUGUCUAAAAGAGGCUUGACUUCAACUGGGAUAAAAAUGUCAGUGAAUUUUGUUGAAGUAGUAAAAAUACAGUUGACUUAGUAGGAACAUAAAAUUAUUUUCUAAUAAGAUAAUAUUGCACUCCUACCAAAUAAACAGGAUUUUAGUAAUAUCUGAGGGAUUGUUGAUGGUGAGUUAGACUGUAUUUGGCAUAGAAUUUGGAAAUGUAACUUGAAUGUAAAUAUGCUGCAAAAUGUUGAAUGUAUACAUAGAAAGACUUUUUCUGUCGACGCCAAAUGCCCGUUGUAAAUGAACCUUAAAUAUUACAUUCCUCCUUUGCACAAUAAUAUUUCUUUAUAACACUUAUAAUUUUUUCCCCCAGGACAACAAACUGCCCUUAAGAGUCAUUUCCUUGUUAUCACAGGUGUCAAUAUUUUUCUGUAUUUUGUUUAUAAUUUUAUUUUUUAAAUAAAAAGUUUAUAAAAAUAAA